ACGUAAUUGAUGUCAUUGAUAUGCGACAGUCUUUCGGCGUAGCAAUGGCGAGUGGCAAAAGGAGUGCGCUUCUCUCUUCUUUGGCUGAGUAUGGGGAAUCAGAGCCUGAUUCCGACCCAGAACCAGAUCAGAUAGAGGCUCGUGGAGUGGGUCUCGUGUCGGCAAGCUACGGUGAAGAUGACGUGAGCCGGGUAGAAGACCCCGAAGACAAGGGAUCGCUAGACGAGGAUAGUGGGGAGAGCUCCCGCAAUUCGGAAGAGGAGGAAUCUGAAGAAGGGGGAGAUCCAGAUGACAUUAAGGUGAUCUCAGAGGCAGAAAGGAGAGACCCCAAUGAGCUGGUUGCACUGUUCUCGGAGAAGGUGAGGAACAUGUGCCCUGACGAGAUCAGGAUUCCCCCGGAGCCCCCCGGACGCUGCUCCACCCAUCUGCAGGAGAAGAUCCAAAAGCUGUAUGAGAGAAAGCUACAUGGGGACUUUGACACCAACAACCACAUCCAAAAGAAGAAGGAGUUCAGGAACCCAAGCAUUUACGAGAAGCUAAUCCAGUUCUGCAGCAUCGACGAACUGGGAACCAACUACCCUAAAGACAUGUUUGACCCUCACGGCUGGUCUGAGGACUCCUACUACGAAGCCCUAGCCAAAGCCCAGAAGGUCGAGAUGGACAAGCUGGAGAAGGCUAAGAAGGAGAGGACCAAGGUGAGGACGACCGGAGAAAUCGAGUUUGUGACAGGCACUAAGAAGGGCACCAAUCCUACCUGCGCAGCGGCCUCCACCACCAACACCACCACCACAUCUACAGCAGAAGCUCAGAAGAGGAAAAGUAAAUGGGACUCUGCCGUGCCAGUGACCCUGGCACAGGCCCCUCUUCUCACUACCACGGCGACCCUGCCAGGGGUCGUCUCCGUGACGACCACCGCCAGCGGCACCAAGACCACUGUCAUCUCUGCCGUGGGCACCAUUCUGAAAAAAGCCAAGCAGUGAACAUGUGUGUGUGCGUGUCUCUAUCCAAAUGCAAAAAGUGAAUGAAUGAAUGACCUGAAAGGGAGAAGACCCCCACUUGACACAUGCCCCCUUUAGCAAACCCAUCUCCCUCAGUCCCACCGCCACCUCCAGCUUCACUGCCUUCUAUCUCUGGGAUUGUAUCUUCAACAUGGCGUCAAUGGGACAAACCCGUCUUUGAGAAUGAGAACUGUUUACAUAACCACCCCUUAGGGCAGGUCCUCCAUGGAUGGUCCCUGGAGACUGUGGGGGCCUGGCCUCUGGGCACCUGAAGCCUGGACACUGGGGGCCUGGUCCUAGGUCCUCCAUGGCCAUCCCUGGGAGACCCACCCAUGGGCCAGAGUUAUGGCUCAACACCUCGACGCCGUACGAGGGCUCGGCCCCAACUGGGAUCCGGCUUCUCAGCGACUUCUAUUGAAGUUCAGCAUGGUUCUCUGUGUUUAUGUGUAGGAGUCUUGGUUGGCUGGUUAGCCUAAGCCAACAGUCCUGUCUGUGUCCUGUAGUUUUUUUUUCCUGGAUUAAGCUGUUAUGGUAUAGCUGACAUGAAAUAAUUCAUUUGAUUUUCUGUUGAUAAGUCCAUAGCAUGGUAUUUACGUCUCGGUUCAGUUUGUUUGUUUUUAACGUUCUACUCAAAGACCUUCGGGAUUUUAUUUUUCACAGUUGUACAUAUACCGUUGAUGAGUAGGUGAAUAAAAAUAAGAUACCUUUUCCAAGA